AUGGAGAGGGCGCGAUGUCGCUCACUGGCUAAGAGUAUCAUGCUCGUCGGAACUCUCACUGUCGGAAUGAUUUUGAAUAUUUCAUGUUCAUCUUCUGCGUCUAUCACCUUGCCUAGUAUAGGCCGGGACUUCGGCGUAGAUGAAGACAAGUUGCAAUGGGUUGUUUCCGCAUAUUCUCUAUCAUCGGGAUGUCUGCUGAUCUUUUUCGGGCGACUCGCCGACCUCUACGGCCGCAAAAAAGCGUUCCUGAUCGGUUGUCUUUGGCUUGGAAUUUUCUCACUAGGCUGCGGUUUUGCAAAUAACAUCAACACGCUUUACAUCUUACGGGGUUUACAAGGUGUAGGGCCCGCAGCUGUCGUGCCCGCAUCACUCGGCAUUCUCGCACACGCGUUCCCACCCUCUCGCGCCCGAACCUAUGCAUUUGCGACAUUUUCUGCAGGCGCACCUGUGGGCGGUGCUGUAGGCCUGCAGAUCGGCGGUAUACUCACCCAAUGGGCUCCCGCGACAUGGCGUGCGCCGUUUUACUUGUCCGCGGGACUUGCGGCACUCGUGUUCAUAGGUGGCGUUUUCUAUAUUGAUAAGGACGUUCCUUCCACGGAGACGGACAGACGCGUGGAUUGGUUAGGUGCUGCCCUGGUGACUUCCGCUCUUGUACUCAUCACAUUUGUCCUUGGUGAGGGUGAGCAAGCACCGCAACGUUGGAGGACACCCUACAUCAUCGCCCUUCUUAUUAUCGGUGUUCUGCUUCUUGCCGCUUUCAUCGCUUGGGAAGGUUAUCUUGAACGAGACCAAACCGGAAAGCGAUGUCCACCCCUAAUGAAACUCUCUAUGUGGACACGCGCAAAUGGGAAGUUCGCCGCAACUCAGAUAAUCGCCUUCCUCGAAUGGGCGUCAUUCCUCGCUUGGCAGUUCUGGGCUCAAUUAUUCUAUCAAGACUACCAGCAUCUCGAUCCUGUGCUCACUUCCAUACGGCUUCUCCCGAUGUUUGUCGUCGGCAUCGCAUGUAACGUCUUCGUUGCCGCUGUUGUAGGCCGCAUUCCACUUGUGGUCCUCACCGUUGCCGGGACACUUUUAACAAGCACAGCGGGCUUGCUGUUCGCGUUGAUAGAUCCUAACGCUCCAUAUUGGGCGUUUGGAUUCCCUGCAGCCAUUCUCAGCGUAUUCGGCGCAGAUUUCGUGUUUGCAUGUGGUACAAUCUUCGUCGCCAAAAUUAGUCUACCGCACGAACAAAGUCUCGCAGGUGGACUUUUCCAGACUCUAACACAACUCGGGACUGCUCUGGGACUUGCGACAACUACCAUUGUGCAUAACACUGUGUUACGAGAUAACGUUCAGGAGCCAAUUGUUGACGCAGAGUUAGAAGCUUAUAAAGCUGCACAAUGGAUGACGUUUGGGUUUGGUGCCGCUGGUGCGGUUAUUGCGUUAUUGUUCCUCCGAGGCGUCGGUCCGGUAGGGAAUCGUAAACCCAUGAAAGGCCCAGAGCCAGUCUCGGAGAAUGGCGAGACUCGUGCAUGA